UUCUUUUCACAUAAAAUCAUUUUAACACGGACUCAGCAACAUGCAAAGGAUGAAGUGGUGGCUUCUCUGCUGGCUGGUGUUUUUUCUGUCACACCAACCUUCUGCAUGUCCUCGUUCAACACCAGUCUGUAAGAAGAAACCACGUUCACAAGGUCAGGGUUUCUGCAAGGACAAGUAUACGAAAAGUGCAUGUCCUGAGCCAAAAAAAGACUGUAAGACAGAACAUGAUAAAGAUAACGGUUGUAGCAGUAAACAGGAAAAUGGGCGUGGCAAAUGCUGUAUGGACCUUUCAGACAACAUUUUGAAAAACGGAAGCUGUAAUGACGCUGUCAAGACCAUUGAGGAGCUACAACAAAUUCUAGAGGAAGAAGAAAUUAACGGGACCAGUUCAUCAAUGAUUUCUGACAGUGUUGUUGCCCUACAGUAUAAACCCAAUGGUACCUUUGAAGGGCUUGACAUUUAUGCCAGCAAUAAUCAGGUAAGCCCAGGCCCGCCUCCUCCCAGCAGCACAGUGAGAGUUCAGCUGCCGAGUGAACUGAAAGCUGGACCGAACAACAAGGUUGUGUUCUGCAUGAUUAAGUGGCCUGAAACAAACCAGGAUGAAGUGUAUGACGGAAGACUGAUUGGCCUGAGUGUGCAGGGCAAGAACAUAUCGGGACUACAGCAGCGUGUCAACAUCACCAUAAACUUUACCAAGGAAAUAAAUGAAACCCAAGAACCCUCGUGUCAGUUCCUUAAUUUCUCAACAAACACUUUUAGUGAGGAUGGAUGCAUUACCCUACGGACACGUGGUCAGAAUAAUCUCACCUGUUCCUGUGACCAUCUCACAUACUUCGCUGUGCUCCUGGUGCCUGUUUCUGACACAAAUGGCACUGGGUCCCUCUCAUCUAAAGACCAGGAGAUUUUAACAUACAUCACGCUGAUUGGCUGCAGUCUGUCUCUUUUUGCCCUGGUCAUCACUGUUUUGCUUUUCAUCACAAAUAGAAAAGUCAGAGAAGAUCUUUCUAUGAAGGUCCACAUCAACCUCGUGAUCGCCCUGAUCCUCCUCAACCUGCAUUUCCUGUUAACUUCCACCGUAGCAGCAGUGUCCUCCACUGGGCUCUGUUUAUACAUGGCUCUUGCCCUUCACUACUCUCUGCUGACCACUUUCAGCUGGAUGGCCUUGGAGGGAUUCCACCUCUACCUUCUCUUAGUCAAAGUCUUCAACAUCUACAUCAAGAGAUAUCUGCUCAAACUCAGCAUGGUGGGAUGGGGUGUUCCUGCAGUCAUUGUGUCAGUGGUGGUGAUCAUAGGCAGAAGCUUUUAUGGUCUUGUCUCUCUGGACACGUCUAACUCCAACAACACUCAUAUAUGCUAUAUAACCGAUGACAAGGUAAAGAUGGGGACUACACUGGGACCAUUCAUCUUGGUGUUCCUCUUUAACAUGAUCAUGUUUGCGGUGACAAUCAGACGAGUUUGGAUUCUACGCAAAAGCACAGAGUUUGGGCAGAGUAACCGUGACAGAGCCAAGAAAGACAUUUGUACCCUGCUGGGAGUCAUGACUCUGCUCGGCAUUACCUGGGGCCUGGUCUUCUUCUCUUUUGGCUACCUGACCACUGCUGGCGUCUACCUCUUCUGCAUCCUGAACUCACUGCAAGGUUUCUUCAUCUUCCUGUGGUUUAUGAUGUCACUGAGAAAGCCUAAAACCGCAGUUACUAAGACAAGCAGUGAAACACGAAGCACCAACACCUAGCUUACACACAACUACCAAUACCCUGAGAAGUUCCUUUGUGUGUGCUGUUGGAAUGUGUAAUGUAAUAUUAACUUAGAAACAUUGUUAUAUACUUGAGUUUAAGAAGAAACAGUAUCAGAUAAGAUACCAACUGACACAAAAAAAUGUAUAUGGAUGUAUGAAGUGGGAACAUUUUAACAGCUCAAAUGUAGUUUGAAGUUUUCUUGUUAUUUCAAUAGAGUCUUUGCGGCAAGCAGUUUAUCUUAGAGAUUAGACGAUAGAUCAACUGUCUUUUCUGCACCUGCUUUCAGAGAUCAGAGGCAAAACAACUGAAAAUUGCUGUUUUGUCACAUAUUCACCAGUGGCCUGGUGAAUAUCAGAUGUUAGUUUUAAAUGAAACUCAUCUGGCAUUAGUUUAGUGUUUUAUAAGGCUGUUAUGUUGAUUGAUUGCACAUACAGCGUUUUGCUUUAUUGUAAUAGCACUGGUUUGAAAAUUAUAUUAUAUUAAAGCACAUGGUGAAUCACUAAAGGCUGUGGUGUUAGUAAUAACAGUAAUAGCUGCCUUAUUGCACAUGAAUCUUUACUCGCACAUGUAUUUUCUGAUAUCAUUCCAGGAAAAAUAAAUGAACAAAGUUUCUUUAUAGCUUAUGUUUUUGUAAAAUAACUUUGCAUAUUUUUGAAAUUAAACAGAA